ACGAGUACCGCGGUGUUCAGUCGUUUACGGUCCAUGCGCACUGACUUUUGGUCAAGUCGUUAGCCUUGACGAAUCUUGCUAAAGGCGAGUUCUGUUGUUGAGAAUUCACUCCAGUAUGGGGUACCUGAACGACGUUGUUCAUUUCAGUGGUGGUAGUACAUCACUGAUACAGGAUAACGCGGCAUACACACGGUUCCGACCUUUUAUUGCUGUGACGGGAAAUGACUCAUUAGGUCACGUCACACUGGCGCGCGUCCGCGUUAAUGCCCUAGGCGACAGAAGGCGAAAUACUGAAGGAAGUGAACGGAAGAUACGAGGGAUUUUUCAAUGUCUAAGGACAGAGGAGUUUGAAAGGUAAAACUCUCACCUGCUUGUAUGUUUGGCGCGAGGAUAUCACUGUGGACUGGGAGCAAGAACGAGAAACAUCUGUUGGGC